AUGCAUGGCCCUCUGUUCCCCUUUGUUCUAGCAAGGAACUGGAGCUGUCUGGAUACCCAAUUACGGGAGAAAAUUAGAAAGCUCGCUCACGAGCUCGAGGAGCUCGAAGAUGAAGCCGACCGGGCCCCGGAUGCUGAAGCCAUGGCGCGUGGAGCCGGGCUUAUCAAGUUCAAGGAGACGGACGAAUCAAGGUUUUUGGGCCCUUCGAGUGGUAUUGCCAUUACCCGGUUUGUGAUGGACAUGGCAAAACAGAAUACAGGUUCAAAAUCCAUAAAAGAGGUGGUGAAUGAGAAUACCGCGCAGCAGAUCAAGUCGGUCUUUGAUAUCGAAAGCCAAAAACCAACUUCGAAGGUUUAUCCUAUGAUCAGUUCUGUCGCUGAGCCGGAUCUACCCCCUCGAGAACUCACGAAUAAACUUAUUGAUAUAUUUAUUGCAAAGGCUCAAUAUAUGGUUCCCAUACUUCAUGAACCCACUUUUCGUUCUGAUGUCGACAUCGUUUUUAAUGGAUCUCAAGAUCCAUGCCGGAAUUUCCAACUGCGUCUUGUCAUCGCCAUUAGCAUGCAGCGACUCAGUACGCAGUAUGCGGGACUGGCUGAUAGUUACUACUUAGCAGCACUGCCUUACUUCGAUGGGUGCUUGGCUAAGAUGGAUAUCUCUACAUUGCAAUGCUGUGCACUGAUGGGUUUAUAUUCCCUGCUUACGCCAACCAGAACAGCGGCCUAUUGGGUGGUUGGAGUUGCAGCCAAGUUAUGUCAAGACCUCGGUAUAUCCGAUGAAGAGACUGUCACCAGAGGUACCAACGGAGAGCAGCUCAAUUGUCUCGAAAUUGACAUGCGACGGAGAUUGUUUUGGAUUAUCACAUCUAUGGAAUACGGCCUUGCCCAUAGUCUUGGCCGUCCGAGCUCGUUCUGCGUGAGCCAUGACCAUAUCAACGUCAACUUCUUCCAAACCUGUGAUGACCGCUAUAUUACACCCAACGGUAUAUUACCCGGAGCGCAACCGAUAAUGAAGAAAUGCAUUGCAAUUCAUUUUUUUAAAAUGAGACUUUUGCAAGCUGAAAUCAGACGCAAGUUGUACCUUUGCAAACGACCAGCCCCGUUGGACGACAGAGAUCCGUGGUUCACGCAGAUGAUAGAUAAGAUGGACCGAUGGGUUGAAUCAUGUCCUAAAAAUGAUGAAGGCAGUGGCUUUAGCCAAAUGUGGUUCCAAGGCAGACGCAACACAAUGAUUGUGUUCAUGUACCGCCCAUCUCCACAGAUUCCUGAGCCUUCACUCUAUGCCGCUCAAAGAUGUUAUGAUGCUUCGGUUUUUAAUGUCAAGAUACAGCACCAACAGGUUGCCACUGGGACAAUCGAUCUUACGUGGAUAUUUACACAAUCUGUAUUCAUGGCACUAAACACCAUUCUAUGGUCACUUUCGUACCCUGAAAUUCGAAAGGAACAUCCCGUUGGAGAUGUAAUUGGCGAAAUCCGCCUCGCGAUGGAAAUCCUUGCUAUCAGUUCCGAACGUUGGCCAGGAGUUGAAUCUGCUCUGGAGCUCUACAAAAGCCUUAUUUCGGGCUGUCUCAAGGCUUAUGCAACUGAUGAGUCCUAUGUG